GACGUAGCAAGAAUACUUUGGUAUUCUCGAAAAAGCAUUAGUUAAUUUUGUUCAAUUCGUGUACUUGCAUAAUUCUAGUUGUAAAUAAAAACAUGUUGCAGGCCUUAAAGACCUUCCGCUGGGCGCAGCCAAUCCGGGCACUAUCCGCGGUGACCACCAGUUCCGGAGCUCAGGCUAAUGUCUCACCCACGGCAUUACCCGCAGCGGAGCCGGAUAAACUAUACAGCAAGCUGGAGAUAGAGCUGCGGGGAGUCGAUCCGGCAGUUCUGAAGAGCUACACCUGGUUCGCCACUACAGCCGCCGAGCAUUUGGGCAUUGAAAAGGGCAAAUGUUGGUCUCCUCGAAAGGCGCACCACGAGCGGAUGACGCUACUUAAGUCGGUGCACAUCUACAAAAAACAUCGCGUGCAAUACGAGGUGCGAACCCACUUCCGCUACAUGAACUUCCACAAGCUGACGGGUUCCACGCUGGACACCUUUCUGGAGUACAUCGAACGAAACCUUCCCGAGGGUGUUGCUCUCCAGGCUUCCCGGACUGAACUCCAGCAAAUACCUGAGCAUUUGCGCCAGCCGCCAGAGCAAGUGUAAUCACACAACCCAAAGGAGGCUAGCCCAUAGUUAAUAGUAGUUUCAGCAGGAGCUUGAGAUUAGGCUGAUAAACAAAUAUAAGCAUUCGGCAAUCGGUAUAUUAACCCGCCACAAUAUUCGGCCGGAGUCGGGGCCCCGUCCGCGAUUAGGAAAGAUAAGUUAUUGGCGAAAAUAUUGAAAUAAACGUCGUAUCUUGACACA